UCCAGUUGGGGCCAGGCGCGGGAUCCGAGGCGAAGGGCGGCGAGCAGCUGUCCAGGCGGCACCUAUGGCUUUACUGCUAUGCUUCAGGAUGUUAGCCCGAAACGUAGAGAUCUUGCCGGCUCCCUUCCAAGUCUGCUGAGCUCUAACAGGAACCUCUUCGCCUCCUGGGCCCGGAGGAUUGGUAGAGGAAUAUUAUGGGCCUCCAAAUCCUCGCGCCCACUCAUUUUACAAACAUUCAUUUGCAGCGAUGGCUCAGUCCUGGCCCCGGCCCUAAAGGAGGGGAUUGCCAGACUAGCCAGGUAGAAGUGAGAAUAAUCUCAGUCAGCACGGUUUGAUUAAGCGCUUUGAUAGGGACGGACAAUGAUGACAUGGGGCUGGGUGCGGGGAGAAAUGAUGCUUCCAUCUGAAGAGGUAAGAACAAACUUUCAGGAUGCGGUGACUCCGGAGCUGAUGAGCCGGAGCUAGCCAGGUAGCCAAAGUAGAGGCAAAUGUGUUUACGGAAGAGGAGCAGCAAGAGCAGAAGCCAGCGGUGUGAAAUAGUCUUACUUGUGGGGGCAGGUGGACUUGCAGAGGAGGUGGACGACAAAGUUCUUCAUGCUGCUUUUAUUCCUUUCGGAGACAUCACAGAUAUUCAGAUUCCUCUGGAUUAUGAAACAGAAAAGCACCGAGGAUUUGCUUUUGUUGAAUUUGAGUUGGCAGAGGAUGCUGCAGCAGCUAUCGACAACAUGAAUGAAUCUGAGCUCUUUGGACGGACAAUUCGUGUCAAUUUGGCCAAACCAAUGAGAAUUAAAGAAGGCUCUUCCAGACCAGUUUGGUCAGAUGAUGACUGGUUGAAGAAGUUUUCUGGGAAGACUCUGGAAGAGAAUAAAGAGGAAGAAGGAUCGGAGCCUCCCAAAGCGGAAACGCAGGAGGGAGAGCCCACUGCAAAGAAGGCCCGGUCAAAUCCUCAGGUGUACAUGGACAUCAAGAUUGGGAACAAGCCAGCCGGCCGCAUCCAGAUGCUCCUGCGUUCAGAUGUCGUCCCCAUGACAGCAGAGAAUUUCCGGUGCCUGUGCACCCACGAGAAGGGCUUUGGCUUCAAGGGGAGCAGCUUCCACCGCAUCAUUCCCCAGUUCAUGUGCCAGGGUGGUGAUUUCACGAACCACAACGGCACCGGGGGCAAGUCCAUCUACGGAAAGAAGUUUGAUGACGAGAACUUCAUCCUCAAACACACGGGACCAGGCCUGCUCUCCAUGGCCAACUCCGGCCCAAACACCAAUGGCUCCCAGUUCUUCCUGACGUGUGACAAGACGGAUUGGCUGGAUGGCAAGCACGUGGUAUUUGGGGAGGUCACAGAAGGCCUGGAUGUCUUGCGACAGAUUGAGGCCCAGGGCAGCAAGGAUGGGAAGCCAAAGCAGAAGGUGCUCAUUGCUGACUGUGGGGAGUACGUGUAAGAGGCGCUUUCUCUGCAUGGCCGCUGCAUUUCCUAGAGCCGUCAGCCCUGGGGAACCAGCACCCGAGGGUGUCCCGUGAAGCAGGGGUCUGUGCCAUGACCCUUCUCGGGGUCAGCUUGGAGCAGCUCCUCUGCAGGCAUAGCCUGGGCUUCCUCUAGCUCUUUCCCAAGCAUGGCCGUGGGCCUGGGAGCCAGCUCUGGCACCACCCUCCCCACCUCCUUUCCAGGCCUUUGCUGCCAGGGCCUCUCCUGGGCCACCACUGUGGCUCCUGAAUGUUUUCUUCUGGUAAAAUAAAUCCUAGUCUGUUUUACCAGAUAUAAUAAAUGCCAGAAAAAUC